GACCGGUGACGCGCGCUAGACGCGACGACGGUCGCUUAAACGACUCGGUUGAUGCGUUUCAUUAUCGCCGUCUUCACCACCACAAGUAGGACAAAGAAACUGCAAGUCUGUGAUGUGUGAAGCACCAAUCGGCCGGUCGUUUAGCAGGUCUGCGUUAAUAUUGCUUCAUUAUUCUGUGGGUCCCCGGAGAGUUCGAGUGUUGGUGGGAAUUUGAUGCAGAGUGCGACACAUGCAUAACAUACGUCGCAUACCGAACGGCCCAUCGCCGGAUUCCCCGGCUUCAAUUCGUGUGACUCGUUCAUUCGGUUGCCCGUCAAGUCUCGUUGACCUCGUCCACUCACAUUAGUCGACGUGGCAUACUCCGGAAAAGCCUCUGCGCAGUCCUGUUUAUGUUGUCUACUGUUAGCGACAUAGUCCUAGGCGACAUUGUUCCGGUCAAGUCGUAACGGUAGCGGCGUGGGGAACACAUCUAAAACAAAGCUUUGGUGUUUCUAAAUUUCCUGAUUUACGGAGGGGCAUUCCCGUGGGGUUGGGAGUUUGUUUCAUCGCUUAGCUCCCCACUUUUGCUUGACGCCAUCCACGAAAGUGGUGGGUUAGUCGCAUGCCCCCCUGAUUAAAAACUGGACCCUGCGCCAGUGCGGAACAGAUGAGCCGGUGCGAGCAUGGAGCCGUCGAGGUAGUCCAAGUAAAACACCGAUUGUCCUCGAGAGAGAACGUCGGGUCUGUGGGGGGAAUCCUCACGGCGGUACAUUACAACGUGCCAUGCUACUGGUGUAGUGUCUGCUUCAAUGUUCCUCCUGCCUUUGCACUAGCACCCAAUUCUCUACCACCGUGCAGCCCAGCAACACGAUGUAGGUGAACCUUGUUUGAGCUCACCAACACAGCAGCACACCCACACAAAAAAGUUUAAGGGUUCGACUAUUCCUCGUUAACUGCGCUCCAUGCAGGCAGCAGACCGGUUACGUCCAACGUUGGACGAAAUUUUCUUACAAAUUGGAGACAUGUUGCGUUCCUUUUCGGCGAACAUUCCAAAUACGACGUAUCACAACCAUUUACAAAACACAUACAAACGCUUUCAGGAGCUUUGUGAUAGCGUGGAGUUACAGCUCGUGCAGACGAAGCAAGUACUAGAAUCAGAUCUGCGAGAGCAGACUAGAACAACAACUGGUACUGCUAGAACUGCUGCUGCUGCUCCUCUGCCGUCGGACGAAAGCUUUUCCACUAAAACUGUACAAUAUCCCACAGCCGUUGUUGCAUCCCAGAACGGGACCGUCCCUACAUCAACAACAUCGACUCAACCCAUUUCAACAUCCUCUUCUUCCAAUCGGGAGUAUCUCGCUGCCGCUGUUGCUGCCCAAGCAGCACAUUCUGAUGCUACAUCGACAUCCUUAAACGCCCUUCCCGACCAGCAACAGCAGCAACAGCAGACUGCAUCUGUGUACGCCGCCAGCCGGCCACCUGUUUCCAAUCAGCCCCCCUAUGUCCCCGUUACGCACCCUCCGAGUGAUAAUUCUACGACGAAAGUUGUAAACGGUUCUGCCGAAUUUGGUAUGGAGAUUCCUCCACGGCAGCAACCACAGCAGUUGCCAUCGCAAAUACAGGCGCAAUUGCAGCAGCAGCAGCAACAGCAGCAACAACAACAACAACAGGCCCAGGCUCCGCAACUCUCAAUGACAGGCGGAUUAAGUGAAACGUUUGGUGCUGAGAUUCAAAUGCAACUUGGUCAACAGAUUCAGACACCUAGUGGAAACACGUCCGAGCCCCCAGCGUCCGUAAACGAUGGCAUCGAUGAGCUUUUCGGUGACAACUUUGACUUUACGAUGGCUAGGUAGACAUAUGCACGCAAGUGGCCAGGUGCGGCCAUUAGUGUUGACCAGUCUCCGCUGCUGCAAUAAAACAUUGAAAAUAGUCCGACUAAUUUUAUUAUUGCUAGGAUAUUACUAAGGGUGCGGUGCGGCGGACAAGCAUAAGCAUUGGUUUGGACAAUCGACCGGGCAAUAAUGGCGAACGUGGAACAUGGCUAUGCUAAGCCGUAGAAGCGUAAAGGCCGGUUUUAAUUAUGAGAGCAUCGCGUUUUUAUGUCGCGCCCAAAGUUUAAAGAAAUUUUUACAUUUCCGCUUUUUCA